UCCGUUGGGUGUGUGUUUUGUUUUUUGUUUUUUUUUUUUUUCCCGUCCGGAAUAGGCGGAGCUUCCGGUUCCGGCGGGGGCCGUCCCUGGCGGCGGAGAUGGCGGCGACAGCGGCGGAGGCCGUGGCCUCUGGCUCUGGAGAGCCCCGGGAGGAGGCCGGAGCCCUCGGCCCCGCCUGGGAUGAAUCCCAGUUGCGCAGUUAUAGCUUCCCGACUAGGCCCAUACCGCGUCUGAGUCAGAGCGACCCCCGGGCAGAGGAGCUUAUUGAGAAUGAGGAGCCUGUGGUUCUGACCGACACAAAUCUUGUGUAUCCUGCCCUGAAAUGGGACCUUGAAUACUUGCAAGAGAAUAUUGGCAAUGGAGACUUCUCUGUGUACAGUGCCAGCACCCACAAGUUCUUGUACUAUGAUGAGAAGAAGAUGGCCAAUUUCCAGAACUUUAAGCCGAGGUCCAACAGGGAAGAAAUGAAAUUUCAUGAGUUCGUUGAGAAACUGCAGGAUAUACAGCAGCGAGGAGGGGAAGAGAGGUUGUAUCUGCAGCAAACGCUCAAUGACACUGUGGGCAGGAAGAUUGUCAUGGACUUCUUGGGUUUUAACUGGAACUGGAUUAAUAAGCAACAGGGAAAGCGUGGCUGGGGGCAGCUUACCUCUAACCUACUGCUCAUUGGCAUGGAAGGAAAUGUGACACCUGCUCAUUAUGAUGAGCAGCAGAACUUUUUUGCUCAAAUAAAAGGUUACAAACGAUGCAUCUUAUUUCCUCCGGAUCAGUUUGAGUGCCUCUACCCAUACCCUGUUCAUCACCCAUGUGACAGACAGAGCCAGGUGGACUUUGACAAUCCCGACUACGAGAGGUUCCCUAAUUUCCAAAAUGUGGUUGGUUACGAAACAGUGGUUGGCCCUGGUGAUGUUCUUUACAUCCCAAUGUACUGGUGGCAUCACAUAGAGUCAUUACUAAAUGGGGGGAUUACCAUCACUGUGAACUUCUGGUAUAAGGGGGCUCCCACCCCUAAGAGAAUUGAAUAUCCUCUCAAAGCCCAUCAGAAAGUGGCCAUAAUGAGAAACAUUGAGAAGAUGCUUGGAGAGGCCUUGGGGAACCCACAAGAGGUGGGGCCCUUGUUGAACACAAUGAUCAAGGGCCGAUACAACUAGCCUGCUGGGGGUCAAGGCCUCCUGCCAGGUGACUGCUAUCCCGUCCACACCGCUUCAUUGAUGAGGACAGGAGACUCCAAGCGCUAGUAUUGCACGCUGCACUUAAUGGACUGGACUCUUGCCAUGGCCCAGGAGGCAGGUGUUCGGGGCGAGGCAGGGCAGUUGACACUCCACUCCUAUUUGGAGGAACUUCAUACCCUUGCCUCUUGUGCCCCAGCACCUUCUGUCUCUGCCCCCCGCCUAAAGUCCUGCAUUCAGUGUGUGGAGUCCCAGCUUUUGGUUGUCAUCACGUCUGUGUGUAUGUUAGUCUGUCCACUUCGGAAUGUGUGUGCGUGUGUGUGCAUGCACACGCAUGUAUGUAUCUGUUCCCUGUUCCUUUUGGGUCAGGCUGUCACUUCUGGCUCUCAGCCCUAUCUCCUGCAACCUCAGUGCCUCAGCCUGGGAGAGAGAGAGGAGAUGCUCUUGGACUCCCCACUGCAUCUGGGCUGCAGGGCCAGAGCUAGUCUGACCAUUAGGUCAGUCUGCCUCCUGACAGUUUUUGUAUAGUCAUGCUCUAGGUGGUGUGGGAAUGGCUACUGGGACUAAUGGGGUGAAAGAGAGAGGAGGCUUGCCUUUGAGAGCCUAGAUAGCCUUCCUGUGAGAGAGGAUUAGAUAGGGUUCCAACUGGGCCUACAAGCUCAAGCCAUACAUAAAAGGAUCUUGGGACAUAAGAACCAAUGAUUGUGCAUAAGUUCCAAAUUACAGACACGUACAAUUUCUGUCUUUCAGCACCAGCUCUUGCCCCUAUGCUGGGUACCAAGGGAGUUCUCCUAGCUGUGGCUUCUCUAGGUUCUAGGGGUGCAAGCCUCUGUGUGUGUGUGUGUGUGUGUGUGUGUGUGUGUGUGUGUGUCUCUGUGUGUGUAUCCACACUACGGGUGCAAGCCUCUGUGUGUUUGUGUGUGUGUGUGUGUGUGUGUGUAUCCACACUGGCCAGCCUCCCUACUUACCAAGGUUCUCCACUGCUUACCUUUUCCAGUGGGACAGUACAGUGUGAGCCCCCGGGAAGUACUGCCUGACCUAUCCUAAGCUUUUAUACUUGGAUUUUAGCCAUCAUAUGUUAGCCAGGUCUCACUGCAGCCUGCCCGAGGCUAACUGGCUAGAGCCUCCAGGCCCUACAAUGCUCCCUGCCCAGGACAUAUCCUUUACUCCUGUUGAGCUUCCUGGCUGAAUAGAUGAAAUGGGGUCAAGCCCAGGCAGCUCACUCACUACCUGUGAUCCACCUCAGGGCACGGGCAAACACAUAGGCUUGCCUCUUAAAGCCAGCUCCUCUGCCAGACGCCAUUGUAAUGUGCCACAACACCCUCAGUAGUCAGGGCAACUGGUAGAGCAUGGAAGUUGAAUUUCCUUUUCUGUUAGGAGCUACUCAUGGGAACCCCUCUCAGAGCUGCAGCUUACAGGUGGGCAGCUGUGAUUGCACAACUUGAAGGGCGAUCAUUCUCAUCUAUUCAGUGGGAGUGGGGCCUCUGGGAUUGGGCAGUGUGGUGGCCCUGUGUCUCCUCACCUCUGCUCCUGUCUUCCUUUUCUCUCUGGAAGGGAAGAGGAGUUGGAAGGUCUUUGGCUUUCUUUUCUUUUCUUUUUCCUUUUUUUUUUGCCAAAGGUUUACUUCCAGCAUCUGAGCUCUGGCUCUCACCCCUGAAGCUCAGUUUAUAGUGCACUGAUGAACUAACUGAGAGGAUGCGUGUGUAUGCGUGUGCAUGCCUGAGUUUGCUUUUUGGGGAGGGGUGUUUAUUUUUAGUACCCCAUUCUGGGGUUCUCUGAUGCAGUGUGGAUGUGAAGACAUGGUAUCUUCUGAAGUGUAGCUCUUUCAAAUAUAGUCAAUGCUGGGAAAUGUGAUUGUAGUGAUCUCCAUCCCUCCACUUCUUUUGGGAAAGAGGAGCACAGGAGUGGUGCCACAGUCACACUUGGAAAGAUAGUAGAUUGUUUUCGUUCUCAGCAGGUCUGCUGUAUUCCUGGCUCAGCCCUCAAAGGUGUGGGUGAUAUGUCAAGGAGGCAUGCACUCAGCUGGUCCUUGCUGGGUUCUGUGCUGACACAGGUCUCACCUAAGGUGGCCGUGGGGUGGGAGGGAGAAGGCUCAUCUUGGAACCUUCACAGGAUUGGCCUUGAUCCUUGGGUAAUACAAGAGUGAUCCUGAUUUUUAGACAUCUAAUACGUGCCUAGUGCUUUUAUCUUUGUUCCUCACUAUCCUGCAAGGUAGGUAUUCUCACUUACAGACGAAGAAAUGGACUCAGAGAGAUUAGGUGAUUAGUGACAAUCAGUUGUAACUUAGCACUGUUUGGCUGCAAACCCCUUGCUCCUUCCUUUCAACCAAACUGUUGAUUUUCCUUCCUUCCUUCCCUCCUUGUACCACAGGUUCUGUCCUCAAGAUACCACCCCACUGGGCAGUAUCUGAAGGCAGAUCCAGCCCAAGAUGGUGCAGAAUAUACAGUUCAGGGUAAAAGUUCUUCUGGUCUCCUGCUAACAACGUCUUGGAAAAACUGCCUGGGAAGCCAUAUUAUGAGUUAGUACUAGAAGAAGCUGUGGGGGGAACUGAGUUCUGUCUCUAAUUGCAUUACUUGUGUGUCCUUGAAUAGACCCAUAACUCCUCCCAGCAUGCUUUUGCAUCUAUAGAACUGAAACUGUAGUUCUAGAUAGCACUAAGAGUCUUGGUUCAUAUUCUGCUGCUGCUGCUUCCCCCCAAGGAAAGGAUGAGGUUUCCCUUGAUGAGGGAUGUUUAGGCUCAAAUUCGGCUUACCACAGAGGAAACAUUUCUGCUGUAGUUGUUUACCUCCAUCCUAGCUGGCAGUGUGGGACACACAUACAGCAAGGGAAGGUGGGGUUUUGAGCGUGUAUAGAGGUCAGCCACGCUGCAGGCUUUUCUACUCACACCAGCAGGUACAGAGAAAACUAGUGUUUUAUAAAGUCAAAUAUUUGUUGGGGGGUUGGAGUUCUGGGGAUGGAGGAGGGGCUGUCCUGGGCAUCAGUUGAGCAGAUGCCCAGGAUGCCUGGGGGAGACCAGCUUCCCCUACAAAUCAGAGCUCUAAAUUACAAGGUUUUUACCAACGUGAACAGUUGGGGGAAGUCGUCUGCUCUCAUUUGCGUAAUGGUUUCUGUCACUGGUGAUUAGACACAGGAUGAAGGAAAAGAAAUUUGACAAUUAGGAAUGAGCAAUCAUUAAUCUGAAUCUGUUAGGAGACAGAGAGGGGAAGGAUCCUUAUCAGUAGGCCAGCCCAGUAUGGGGAGACACUCCCUCCCUCUGCCCCCAGAGACUCCUGGGCUACAUCCUCUUUGAGUAUUGCCACAAAUGGGCAGAGCUUGUAUUUCAUAACAAAAACUCGGGACCCAGUCGCCAGCCUGAGAUGGAUAUAGGAACAGACAUCUUUGGGCAUGAGCCAACAAAGAUAGAAAUAGAUGGAUGUCAAGUACAAGCUAUAAGGCAAAGAAUAACAAUGAAAAAGUUUUGACAUGUGUUUGCCAUUUGUGGAAAAUGUUUUUGUAAUAGUCAACACCCCUGAUAGCCCACCUGUGACAAGUAUUUGUCACAUUCCAGCAACUGUAGGGCAUGAGGAAAAACUCGUCCUUACCAAAUCCCAGGAGCUUCUGCUUAGUUGCAGAAGAAAUUACAUGAAGCAACCAGAGGUUAUAAGGCCACCCAUGUAUAUUGUGCACCCUGUGUGGACAAGAUUAGGGACUGUUGAGAGAGGAGGAAACCAGUAGAGAGCAAAGCUCUACCCAGCCUCCUGAAAGCCUCUGGGCUCACCUUAGAGGGCCUCUGUACGCUUCCUAGCAACAUUGAUGUCCCCACAACCCCACAUCAGUGCAGCUGUGGCUGUGUGGAGGGCUUUGAGGCCUUUGGCCCAGAUGUGUGAACAGUGCUGAGGUUCAGUAAUAGGAUGAGUCUUCAGGUGUGGAGCAGCCCACCUUGGCUCUUCCCAUGUCUCCGUGUUACUUCUCAUCUUCUGCUGUCCUUUCAAACUUCAAGGACAGUAUUAAUUUACACUAGUAUUUGUUCCUCAGUUUUGUGACUUGAAUGCAGUGAGUGCCUUAGAUGAGAGGAUCCCUCAAGGAUGAAGGACUGGGGGUUGGUGGUUCUCUCUUUCAGAAUGGGAACUUCCCAAAAAUGGGGCUGUGUCUCACCUCUCAGUAGGUUCCCUACCUCUGGGUCUUCCACCCUUCAAAAUCUCGUACAGAAUUUAGCAGGGGCUGCAGGGAAUGACCCUCAGGGACCAGUUUGACCCAGAUGGGGUAGAUGAUGAGGUAUGCCCAGAAGUAGCUCGGGGCUCCAUAGUCUGGCCUUUCAGCUGGUGUCUUACUCCCCUUUGAGACCUCCAGCUGCUUGUCUUCCACUCCCUGCAUACUUCUCUGAUGUCUUCUCAAACUGCUGGCUCUAAAGGGAUAUUCCAGUGUCCCUCUGAGAGCUGCCUGCAGUUUCCCUUAUUCAGCUGUCCCCUGCCUGCGGCCUCCUUACCAAGACCCUUUUUCCUAAACAGUUGUCCUUCCCUCAGAAACUCCAUGGCUGCAAGUGUUGAAUAGACUUGUCUUUAGGAUCCCUCUCUGGUCAUCCCUGUUCAUCUUAGGGCCAUCUCCCUUUUCUGAUUUUUGACAGCUCUGUUUAUUUUGCCCAUGGCUGCUCCUCUUGUUUUGUGUCUGCUGUGUGUUCUUGCCCUUCUGUUGUCAGUUCUGUACAUCCUGGUUCAGCUUGUCUCACUGUGGUAGCCCCUUCUGCUUGUCUUCAGCCAUCUCGGUUUAAUCCUCAUAGGUCAUGGAUGAAUGGAGCCUUGCUGAGCACUUUGAGGGCAUUUCUGUUGGGCAAAACCUCAGAAACUGAAAGUUUUGAGGCCUGUGGGCCUGUGGUUAGUGAGGCCUCUGGAGAUGGGUUAGGGGUGGGCACCUAGAGAGUAGUAGCCAGUUGAGGGGAGAGGUGCAGUGGUUGCUGCAGAGACUUUGUGAGAAUGGCACCAGGCCUGGGAAGCUAGUGCGGAAGAACUGAGCUGUCCGAAGGAGAUACCAAUAUCCCCUUUGCAGGGUGGUGAUGGGCAUCAAACAUGACAUAUGUAACAUGUCCCCUUCUUGGAGGAUUUCCAUCUAAAUGCAUCUGUGUGCCUUAGGGACCAGUAGCUCAGGGGUGAUGGACUUUUUUGAAUGUCUCCUAAUUUCUCUCAGGUGUCUUUGGCUCUGUGUCACCAAAUGUGCCUGACCUCUGCAUCCCAGUAGUUGCUGAAAGGGAAACAGUGUAUUGCGUAGUCAGGUGUGAGGAGUAGAGAUCUUAAUGAGAAAGGCCCUGGCAGCUGGAGAGAUGAGAGGACCCAGUGGUCAGCUUAUACCCAGACUAUCUCUACACUCCUCCAAGAGUUUGAGUCCCAUAGCUGAUUAAAUGGUUUACAUAUGGGCUCCCCCCCUGCUUUCCUACUUAAAAUCUAUUCUCUCAUAUUUUGGGAAGGAGCAUGUGGCUUUAACUUUCAAUGGUAAACAAUCUAGGACAGUGUUUAAAGGCAUGGAUUUUGGAGUCAGAUAUAGUUGGUUCGAAUUUAUAGCUUCACUGCUUUCCAGCUGGGUUUGACCUUGGUUGAUUUACUUAACCUCUCUGAGCCUCAGUUUCCUCAACUAUAAUGACAUGGGUGGAGGGAGGCAUGUUGAAAAUAUCUACCUCAGGGUUGUUGGAGUAACGGAAACAAUGUUUGUAAAGCUUUAGCACAGUGCCUGGCAAGCACUUAAUAAAUGGCUGUGGUGGUGGUUAUAUUUA